AAUUAUAUAGUAUUAGAGCAAUAAACCAUAAAAGAAAUGGUAGAUGGUGGGCGAUGCAAUACCGUCUUCUUUCCUGCUACCUUUCUAUCUCUCUUUGUAACAUCAUUGCUUCUGACAAAUGGUGAAGCUUUUGAUUAUCCAUCAAUUGUGGAGCCUCCAUUCUCCCAGACUAACGUCGUCCCAACUGACUUUAGUUAUUGGGAAUCAGCAGGGGUGAGACCUAUCUUGAUCAAUGGUAGUUUUGUUUGUGGAUUCCACUGCAAAUUUGAAGGAACCGCCUGUCUCUUUGCGAUAUCCAUCAUCCGAUCCAGUUUUGGUGGCAACUCCAGCUUUUCUCCACAAAUGGUAUGGUCUGCUAAUCGAAAUAGUCCAAUUGGACUUUGGGCAAAAUUGCAACUUUCUCAAGAAGGGGAUUUAACACUGCAAGAUGUUCAUGGCACUCUGGUUUGGUCUACAAAAACAGCAGGUAAAUCUGUUUCGGGAUUGAGGUUAACCCAUGAGGGUAACCUUUUGCUGUUUGAUAGAAACGGUGAAACGGUUUGGCAGUCUUUUGGUCAUCCGACGGACUCUUUGGUCCCCGGACAAAGGUUAGUUUCUGGGCAGAAAUUGGUGGCAACGUUGCAUCCUGCCAUAUUUUAUUAUAAACUAUUUGAGUCUCAAUUAGAAGGCAAAACGGGGCAGUUUUACGCUGAAUUCCGAAAGGAAAGUUUUGGUGCUUUCACUUUUUCAUCUGGAGUUGAUUUUAUACAAUUAGGCUCUGAUGGGCACUUAAGGUCCUUCAGGUGGGUAGGAUCAAAUUGGGAGAGAGACCAAGAUUUGUUUGAUGACCGACUUGGCCCAUGUGAUUACCCACUGGCAUGCGGAAAAUAUGGAUUUUGUUCAGACGGGGACUGCAAGUGCCUAGAUCCGGAUGACAACGGAACAGCGUACUUCAAGCCAAUUAAUUCUAAUCAGUCAGAUCUUGGGUGUUCUCCAUAUGUACCAAUAGGUUGUAAGUCUCCUUACCAUGAAAGUCUUAUUCAGAUCAAGGAUUGCUCUGUUAGCUUCUUUCGACCUAGUUCUAAUAUAACAGACAUAGAGAGUUGCAAGCAAGCCUGUUUAAACAACUGUUCUUGCAUGUUUGCUGUUUUUCGUAGUCCUAGUUAUAACUCAUCUGGCUGGUGCACCAUUGGAUCUGAAGCUUUGUCAUUCAGAAAAGGUGUGAGUGAAUUUUAUAAUUCAUCUGUGUUUUUAAAGGUGCAGAGUUCUCCAAUCGUAGUGCAGAGCUCUCCAAUUGCACCGAUUCCACAGAGUCCACAAAGAAAAAAAAGACAGAAUAUAGGAGUUAUACUUGGAUCCAUUCUUGGGGCCUCUUUAAGUGUGCUUCUCUGCGUUCUCUUUUUCCUACAAAUUAAAAAGGAUCCAAAAGAUGUUGAGGAGGAUUAUCUGGGCCACAUCUUAGGAACUCCCACGAGAUUCUCUUAUGAAGAGUUAAAGGUUGCAACCAACAACUUUAGCAACAAGCUCGGUGAGGGAGGAUUUGGUUGUGUUUUUCAAGGAACAUUACCUGGUGGUGCUCAAAUUGCGGUGAAAUGCCUUGAUGGUUUUGGACCUGUAAAGAAGACAUUUAUAGCUGAGGUUGAGACCAUAGGAAGCAUUCACCAUUUCAAUUUGGUACGACUGGUUGGGUUUUGUGCUGAGAAAUCAUGUAUGCUUUUGGUUUAUGAGUACAUGUGUAAUGGGUCAUUGGAUCAAUGGAUCUUCUGCAGAGACAAAGCACUUGCUCUUGGUUGGCAAUGCCGAAGGAAGAUCAUUGUAGACAUAGCCAAGGGACUAGCAUAUCUCCACGAAGAAUGCAGGCAGAAAAUAAUUCACUUGGAUAUCAAACCCCAAAACAUCCUCUUAGAUGAAAAUUUCAAUGCCAAGGUUUCUGAUUUCGGAUUGUCUAAGCUAGUAGGGAGAGAGCAAAGCCAAAUUGUGACAACAAUGAGGGGAACACCAGGUUAUAUGGCCCCGGAAUGGUUGAACUCAGUAAUUACAGAAAAAGUAGAUGUAUACAGUUUUGGCGUUGUUGUUCUGGAAAUUUUAUGUGGGAGAAAAAAUGUUGACCGUAAUCAGUCAGAAGACGAUGCCCAUUUGGUAAGUCUUUUUAAGAGAAAGGUCGAGGAUGGUCAAUUUCUGGAUCUAGUGGAUAAGUACAAUGAUGAGAUGCAAUCAAAUGCAGCUGAGGUUGUGCAGAUGAUGAAAGUUGCGGCAUGGAGUUUGCAAAUUGAAUAUGCUAAGAGGCCUUCAAUGUCCAUGGUGGUGAAGUUCCUAGAGGGCAGAAUGGAUAACGAAAAUGAGUAUGAUUUCUCAAAUCCACCCGCACCGGCUGAAGUGGAAACUCUCGGACACCAAAUGGAUGCAGCUGCAGCUACUGCUUCUUCAAUUAUUCCAUCUAUUUUGUCUGGUCCAAGGUGAUGAUGACAUGGGGAAGAAAGGACAUCUACUGCAAUGGUGAUACUACAUUUCCUUUUAUGAUUGCAUUUCCUUUAUCCUACAUUUUUGGUCCUCUUUGUUGUCAUUAGAUAAUGCUCUUGGUUCCAAACCAGAAAGCAGAAAAUGGAAUUAGGAGAAUUUUUAGCUGUGUGUGGAUUCAUUACUUUGAAUUCAUUUUCUAAUUUCUUAGCUUCGCUUAAAGAGUCUCUAUUCUGUUCCAAAAAAAUAAUAAUAAUAAAAUCUAUCUUCCUUA